UCGAGUUUGCCGUCCGUCUCAGGUCAUUCGAUUAUGACAUGUGGAAACUCUACCAGCCGAGUAGACGAGCUGGGAUCAAAUGCUUCCGAUUUAUCAACCCGCGUUGUGGCAACAGCAUCAGGCGAAUAGCAUGCCCAUCGGAUGACCAGGAGGACUUCAGGGUCGUUGAGCUGUCGGUGGGAAGUGUACGGGGUCGUCGGCAGAGCGGUAUCUAUGGCGACACCUUCUUCAGUUUCGAGGGAAUUCCCUUCGCCAAGCCCCCGCUGGGAGAACUUCGGUUCUUGGCACCUCGUCCGGCGGAUCCAUGGAACACAGAGCUCGAUGCCCGGCAAGAGAGGUCGAUUCCUCUGCAGGUGGAUAGGCAGACAGGACAGGUCAUUGGCAGCGAGGAUUGCCUGUACCUAAACGUGUACACCAAGCAUUUCGAUGAAUCGAGGCCACCCCUACCCGUUAUGGUGUACAUCUACGGCGGCGGAUAUCGCACGGGCGGAGCGAUAAGAUCCAAGUACGGUCCGGAUUACCUGAUGAGCAAAGAUAUCGUAUAUGUGCUAUUCAACUAUCGGCUUUGUUCGCUCGGAUUCCUAAGCCUGCCGAGUCGCGAAUCGAAUGUGCCGGGAAACGCGGGUCUCCACGAUCAGUUACUGGCACUUCGCUGGGUAAGCCAGCACAUCCGGAACUUUAAUGGUGAUCCGCAAAAUGUAACGCUCUUUGGCGAGAGUGCUGGAGCUGCCUCGGUGCACUUCAUGAUGUGUCUACCGCAGGCCAAGUGUCUCUUCCACAAGGCCAUUAUGAUGUCUGGGUCGAUGCUAAGUCCCUGGGUAGAAUCCCCCGAGAGUCAGAGUUUGUUCUGCCGCCUGGCCCUUGCUGCAGGAUACAAAGGACCUGCGGAGGAAACAUCCAUGUUAAAGUUCCUGCGCCGCGUGGAAGCUGAGAAGCUGAUGGGUCACGAUUUCAUCACAGCCCGCGAUCGGUGCUUUGGAUUUCUCAACGCCUUUGUUCCUGGAGUGGACCUUCUGGAGGGUGGUCUCAUUCAAGUCCCCUUUCAGCAGCUUAUGAAGGAGGCGUGGUCCGCAAAAGUGCCCCUGCUGCUGGGCGGCACUUCCUUCGAGGGUCUAGUCUGCUACCCCUUCUGCCAGCUGAACAAUGGCUAUAUGCUGGAGCUGCUGAAACAGGAACCCGCGAUGGUUCUGCCCCACGAGCUAUACUGCUCGAUGAGCGUCGAGGAGCGGAACAUCGCCGCUGAGGCACUGGUGAAACAUCACUACGGACCGCGCGGAAUCACGAAGAAUAACAUCACGCAGAUCUUAGAUCUCUUUAGCUACAAGCUUUUUUGGCACGGCAUGCAUAGGGUUGUCCUCUCCCGAUUAUCCCACGCCCAAGCACCCACGUAUCUAUACCGGUUCGACUUCGAUUCGCCCAAGUUAAACCUGAUGCGAAACCAGCUUUGCGGUGACGACAUCAAACGUGGUGUCUGCCAUGCGGACGACUUGGGCUACAUAUUUCACAAGAAGGCCCAGAAGAAGCAGCCCGUGGAUUCCGCGGAGUACCUGACCAUCCAGCGAAUGGUGGGCAUUCUGACGACCUUUGCCAGGACCGGUGAUCCCAACUGUUCGGAGACGGGGCCGGAUCAGUGGCUACCCGUCACCACAAAGUCCCCCUUUAAGGUAUUGAACAUUGGACAGGAUGUAGAGUGCGUAACGCAGUUUGAAAAGGAAGGACUGGAGGUGUGGAAUCGGCUUUAUAAUAAUAGGAAAUUAUUUGAAAUAUUUUCUGUGCUAAAGCUGAUUCAAAGCUUUGCGGCAACGCCCCACUCCAGUCAAAAGCUUGGUGACCGUUUAAUCGAUCGGUUCGUGUGUGGCUGGCUAACUAGUCUACCCGAAAUGAACAAGAACCUCGGCUUUGUGGAGCGCCUGCGCUGGCGCCUCAAAACCAUCGAGCAUAAAGUCCAGCAGUAUCGUCAGACGACCAACGAGACCGUAGUCGCCGACACCGAGUACGGCAAAGUGCGGGGUGUGAAGCGACUGUCGCUCUACGACGUGCCCUACUUCAGCUUCGAGGGAAUCCCCUACGCCCAGCCGCCGGUGGGGGAGUUGCGGUUCAAGGCCCCGCAGAGACCCACCCCCUGGGAGGGGAUUCGGGACUGCAGCCAGCCCAAGGACAAGGCCGUCCAGGUGCAGUUCGUCUUCGAUAAGGUUGAGGGCUCUGAGGACUGCCUCUACCUGAAUGUGUACACCAACAAUGUAAAGCCCGAUAAGCCCCGUCCUGUUAUGGUUUGGAUCCACGGAGGGGGCUUUAUUAUUGGCGAAGCCACUAGGGAAUGGUAUGGUCCAGACUAUUUCAUGAAAGAAGAUGUUAUUCUCGUCACCAUACAAUAUCGACUUGGAGCUUUGGGUUUUAUGAGUCUGAAGUCUCCCGAGCUGAAUGUUCCCGGAAAUGCUGGUCUCAAGGAUCAGGUAUUGGCUCUCAAGUGGAUCAAGAACAAUUGCGCCAGUUUCGGUGGAGACCCCAACUGCAUCACCGUCUUCGGAGAGAGUGCAGGCGGAGCAUCGACCCAUUACAUGAUGAUAACCGAGCAGACCCAAGGACUCUUCCACCGCGGUAUCCUGCAGUCGGGCAGUGCCAUUUGCCCGUGGGCCUUCAACGGCGACAUCACCCACAAUCCCUACCGCAUAGCCAAGCUGGUGGGCUACAAGGGCGAGGACAACGACAAGGAUGUGCUGGAGUUCCUGCAGACCGUCAAGGCCAGGGAUCUCAUACGGGUCGAGGAAAAUGUCCUGACUCUGGAGGAUCGCAUGAACAAGAUCAUGUUUGCCUUCGGGCCAUCUCUGGAGCCUUUCGUCACGCCCGAGUGCGUGAUUCCCAAGGCGCCCAAGGAGAUGAUGAAGACCGCCUGGAGCAACUCAAUCCCCAUGAUGAUAGGGAACACUUCCUACGAGGGACUGCUGUGGGUGCCAGAGAUCAAGAUGAUUCCACAAGUGGUGCAGCAGGUGGAUGCCGGUACUCCCUUUAUUCCAAAAGAAUUGCUAGCCACGGAUCCCAGUAAGGAAAAGUUGGAUUCAUGGAGCGCACGGAUUCGCGAUGCUCAUCGCACAGGAGCAGAAAGCACCGCGGAUAACUAUAUGGAUCUCUGUUCGAUUUACUACUUCGUGUUUCCGGCCCUGAGGGUGGUCCAUUCCCGACACACCCAUGCCGCUGGAGCUCCUGUGUACUUCUACCGCUUUGACUUCGACUCCGAGGAGCUCAUCUUCCCGUACCGCAUCAUGCGAAUGGGUCGGGGUAUUAAGGGAGUGAGCCAUGCCGACGACUUGACCUACCAGUUCACAAGUCUGCUGGCUCGCCGACUGCCCAAGGAAAGCCGCGAGUUCCGCAACAUCGAGCGAACCGUGGGGAUCUGGACUCAGUUCGCAGCCACCGGAAAUCCGUACAGUGAGAAGAUCAGUGGCAUGGACACUUUGACUAUGGGUCCAGUUCGGAAGUCCGACGAGGUCAUCAAGUGCCUCAACAUCGGCGAUGAGCUUAAGUUCAUCGAACUGCCCGAGUGGUCCAAGGUCAAGGUCUGGGAGAGCCUAUAUGAUGACCACAAGGACUUACUGUUUUAAAGGGAUCAAAGUGAAUAGCUGAAUGAAUAGAACUUGUACAUAUAUAGGACAAAAUGCUUUAUAAAAUAUAUUCAAUAAUUUGCUUGUUCGAUAA